AUGAUACCAGCCUCAGCCGAACCGAAAAAACCGGAACAACGAGGAGUAGAUGAUGAGGAUGAUUACAAUGUCCCGAGAUCAUUCAUAGCUCUUGAUGACAUAGACUCCACCAAAUCAACGGUCGAGGAGUUUGAGAAAGUCAUAUUGAUCGAGCACCUACCGGAUCGAAAGACAUGUAGGAAUCCCACCGAAGGUAACCACUCACAAGAUGAGUUUGGAUCCAAAGUUCCAUCUGGUCAACAGAAGAGAAGGCCACAAUCCGCUAUCAAACACGCGUUCAUCAAGGAUGAGGAAUCCAAACUUCUAAAAAUAGGUUCCGUCCUGGAAGUUAAAUACUCGUAUUGGUUAGCUAACAUAGUGGUAGUACCAAAAAAGGGGAAUAAAUUGAAAAUGUGUGUAGAUUAUAAGGAUCUAGACAAGGAGACCUUCGACAUACUAAGGAAGUACAACAUGAAACUAAACUCGGAGAAGUGUGCAUUUAGGGUCGGUUCGGGCAAGUUUCUCGGAUUCAUGGUAUCUGAUCGGGGGAUAGAGAUCAACCCCGACAAAAUAAAGGCCAUAGAAGACAUCACCAUAGUCGAACACGUCAAGGCGUUUCAAAGACUGACCGGGCGGAUAGCCGCAUUGGGCCGGUUCAUCACGAGGUCGUCGGAUAAGAGCCAGUGGUUCUUCUCACUAUUGAAAAAGAAGAAUAGUUUUUCUUGGACUCCGGAAUGCCAACAAGCUUUGGAAGAACUCAAGCGAUACCUGUCGAGCCCCUCUUUGUGGUACACUCUAAAGGCAGAUGAACAGUUGUACCUCUACUUGGCAGUUUCUGAGGCGGCGAUAAGUGGUGUCUUAGUCCGGGAGGAAGAAGGUAUGCAAUUUCCUGUUUAUUAUGUUAGUAUAACCCUGUGCGAUGCUGAAACAAGGUAUCCUCACCUAGAAAAGUUGGCACUCGCCUUACUAAGAGCUUCCAAGAAGCUAAAAUCGUACUUUCAAUGCCACCCCAAAUGUGUCCUAACCUCUUACCCGCUGAGGAAUAUCAUGCAAAAGCCCAAGCACUCGGGCUGGCUGGCCAAAUGGGCCGUGGAUAUCAGUGGGUACAACAUCGAGUAUCGACCCCGAACUGCCAUACAAUCUCAAAUUUUGGAAUUUUUCGUGGCCAACUUUAUGCCAACCUUGAUACACGAGGUCGAUAGGGAAUUGCUGCUCACUUUGGGGACUAUUUCGAGGAUCUGGACCCUAUUCACGGACGGUGCAUCCAACACGAAAGGGUCCAGGCUCGGUAUCGUGUUAAAACCUCCCGCAGGUAUCAUAAUUAGACAGUUUAUUAGAAUUGUUAAAUUGACUAACAAUGAAACCGAGUAUGAAGCUAUAUUUGUAGGUCUAGAACUGGCUAAGAGCAUCGAGGCCGAAGUAAUCGAAGCCAAAUGUGACUCCCUUCUCAUUGUAAAUCAAGUCAACAGAACGUUUGAAGUAAAAGUGGAAUGGAUGCGGAGGUAUUUGGACAAAUUACAGGUAACCCGGCAUCAAUUCAAGGAAUGGACUCUACAGCACGUACCUCGAGAUAAAAACAGUGAGCUCGAUGCACUAGCAAACUUGAGCUCAUCUGUCGACUCCGAUGACUUCAGCUCGGGGGCAGUGGUACAACUGAUGAACUCGGUGGUAGAAGAAGGUCACGUCAAAGUAAACUCGACAGGUUUGACUUAUGACUGGAGAAGCAAAUACAUAGACUACUUGAAGACAAGAAAACUGCCAUCGGAUCCCAAGGAAUCGAGAGCCCUACGCACCAAAGCUGCCAGAUUUAGCUUAGUCAAAGGGGCAUUGUUUAGAAGAUCCUUCUUCGGCCCACUGGCUAGAUGCUUAGGUUUGAGAGAGACCAAAUAUGCCAUGAAAGAGGUCCACGAGGGCACUUACGGGAAUCAUUUGGGGGCAGAAUCCUUAGUUCGGAAGCUAAUCAGAGCCGGCUACUACUGGAAUGAAAUGGAGAAGGAUGUUAACGGCUUCGUAUGGAAAUACGGCGGAUGCAAAGGACAUGCCCCGAUGAUUCAUCAACCGGGAGAGAUGCUUCACCCGGUCCUGUCACCAUGGCCGUUUAUGAAGUAG